AUGAUUAAAUACGACAUUUCAGAUGAACCAUCAACACCUGCCAUUUUCUCUGUUGAAGUCGAAAGGAAUACAAGUACGGAAAUCGAACUAGAAGACCAUGGAGUAUCACUGUUUAUUCCUCCGGAGGCUGUUCAUCAUAAUGACCCGUGCAAGAUCACCCUGACCCUCCUAAGGGAUCCUCCUAGUGUUGACAUCCAAGAUGAUGAAUCAAUGGCCUGCUAUGGGAUCAGAUGUGAUCCUCCAAACAUGACCUUCCACCAACCUCUUAAGAUCAGGAUACCACACUCUACCUUGGCCAUCAAUCCUGAUCAAGUGAAACCAGACAUCGUUUCUCAUGUAUGGGAUUCAGUGAACGAUCUACCAAGAACAUCAAGAAUGAGAUCAUCCAGCUCACCAGCCGAACCACCAUACUGCAGAUUGUACAAGAGACAUCUUGAGCUGUACAUUGGUCACUGUGCAGAGUGGUGGGUUCUUAUUCCUCUUGAACAGCAGGUGAUCCGACACCAACUUAUGUGCACUCCAUACAUCCCAGAAACCGUAGAAAGAGGCAAAGAGAUUGAAGUUCAUCUCCAUGUGCAUGCCGAUGUUCCUGGCAUUGAUGCGCUUUCUCUGAAGGAAAUUCACAGCCGAAUGAGACAUAACGUAAUCUUAAAAGUGCCCCCGAGUGAGGACGAUACUCCAUUUGACGUGGUAUCCAUCUCAGUUACACAGUCUGGGAAGCUAGGGGUGUCUCGAUCAAUGGCAUUCGGCAUUAGAUACGAAGAUGAAAUCAAGAGUCCUGAGUUUGCUCCAGUUAUCCGAGAAAUCGAAGGAGCUUCUGGAAAUGAUCUCCGAGAUAAAGAUAUCCGGAAAAUUGGUGAAAAGCUUUCGAUAGACGACUUUUAUGACCUGGGAGUUGCACUUGGUUUCCAAAUACAACAACUGGAUGCAAUAGAGUACAAGUGGCUCAAAGACAGAAAAGAGGCCAUCUUCGAAAUGUUGCUAACAUGGAAACAGAGACAACUACUAAGUCAAAACGUGAAAGAAAAGCUUCUUUCAGUCCUGAAGUCUGCAGAAACAGAGGCAGAAAAGACGAAAACGACAGUUUUUCACUGA